CAUCUGUCAGUGCCAUGUGGCCCUACCCUGGUGGGUUGGUUGAUUUCUUUGAGGUUGACUGCAGCAAUGGUACAGAGAGUAAUGCUACAGUGCUUGUUGGUGAAACUGAUCUUGAAGAGAGCUAUCUGGUUAGAUGCGACAGUGUCUGGAGUCCCGGUGAUAACUAUACCAUGGUUGUCACGAGUGUCAGCAACGAGCGAGAAAACUCUGCAAGCAUUGUCUUGACUGCGUUACCCCUAAGCGUCAACUUGGUUGCUGGUAACUCUACCACAACGUCUGUGAGUGCAACAUGGGAGUUUCCUGGAGGUGUAGUCGAUGAAUUUGAAGUUGAGUGCAACAAUGGAACUAAAAUGAUGAGUAGUGUCGAAGGCAUGGGAUAUCUUGCCUCAUGUGAAGAACUCGAUACACCAGGAGAUAAUUACACCUUGAUUGUUACAAGUGUUAGCAACGGACAGAGAAACUCAGCAAGCAUCGUACUCACAGCUUUACCCCUAAGUGUCAACUUAGUUGCCGGUAACUCAACCACAACGUCUGUGAGUGCAACAUGGGAGUUUCCUGGAGGUGUAGUAGAUGAGUUUGAAGUUGAGUGCAACAAUGGAACUAAAAUGAUGAGUAGUGUUGAAGGCAUGGGAUAUCUUGCCUCAUGUGAAGAACUUGAUACACCAGGUGAUAAUUACACCAUGAUUGUUACGAGUGUUAGCAACGGGCAGAGAAACUCAGCAAGCAUCGUACUCACAGCUUUACCCCUAAGUGUCAACUUAGUUGCCGGUAACUCUACCACAACGUCUGUGAGUGCAACAUGGGAGUUUCCUGGAGGUGUAGUAGAUGAGUUUGAAGUUGAGUGCAACAAUGGAACUAAAAUGAUGAGUAGUGUUGAAGGCAUGGUAUAUCUUGCCUCAUGUGAAGAACUUGAUACACCAGGAGAUAAUUACACCAUGAUUGUUACGAGUGUUAGCAACGGACAGAGAAACUCAGCAAGCAUCGUACUCACAGCUUUACCCUUAAGCGUCAACUUAGUUGCCGGUAACUCUACCACAACGUCUGUGAGUGCAACAUGGGAGUUUCCUGGAGGUGUGGUAGAUGAGUUUGAAGUUGAGUGCAACAAUGGAACUAAAAUGAUGAGUAGUGUUGAAGGCAUGGGAUAUCUUGCCUCAUGUGAAGAACUUGAUACACCAGGAGAUAAUUACACCAUGAUUGUUACGAGUGUUAGCAACGGACAGAGAAACUCAGCAAGCAUCGUACUCACAGCUUUACCCCUAAGCGUCAACUUAGUUGCCAGUAACUCUACCACAACGUCUGUGAGUGCAACAUGGGAGUUUCCUGGAGGUGUAUUAGAUGAAUUUGAAGUUGAGUGCAACAAUGGAACUAAAAUGAUGAGUAGUGUUGAAGGCAUGGGAUAUCUUGCCUCAUGUGAAGAACUUGAUACACCAGGAGAUAAUUACACCUUGAUUGUUACAAGUGUUAGCAAUGGACAGAGAAACUCAGCAAGCAUCGUACUCACAGCUUUACCCCUAAGCGUCAACUUAGUUGCCGGUAACUCUACCACAACGUCUGUGAGUGCAACAUGGGAGUUUCCUGGAGGUGUAGUAGAUGAGUUUGAAGUUGAGUGCAACAAUGGAACUAAAAUGAUGAGUAGUGUUGAAGGCAUGGGAUAUCUUGCCUCAUGUGAAGACCUUGAUACACCAGGAGAUAAUUACACCUUGAUUGUUACGAGUGUUAGCAACGGACAGAGAAACUCAGCAAGCAUCGUACUCACAGCUUUACCCCUAAGCGUCAACUUAGUUGCCAGUAACUCUACCACAACGUCUGUGAGUGCAACAUGGGAGUUUCCUGGAGGUGUAGUAGAUGAGUUUGAAGUUGAGUGCAACAAUGGAACUAAAAUGAUGAGUAGUGUUGAAGGCAUGGGAUAUCUUGCCUCAUGUGAAGACCUUGAUACACCAGGAGAUAAUUACACCAUGAUUGUUACGAGUGUUAGCAACGGACAGAGAAACUCAGCAAGCAUCGUACUCACAGCUUUACCACUAAAGGUUGUCCUUAACCCUGGUAACUCUACUACAACUUCUGUGAGUGCAACAUGGCAGUUUCCUGGAGGCGUCGUGGAAGAAUUUGAGAUUCAGUGCAGCAAUGGCAACGGGACGAUCGCCGCAGUCCAAGGCAUGGGGUAUCUUGCCUCAUGUGAGGGGCUAGAUACCCCAGGAGCUGAUUACUCGAUGACAGUUACGAGUUUGAGUAACUCGCAGAGAAACUCGGCUUCAAUUGUCCUUACUGCUUUACCGGAAGCAGUAAAUUUGAAAGAAGAGGUUGGUCGAGUCACCACCAAUACAAUUGUUGCAUCAUGGAGUAAUGUCAGUGGUGAAUUUGAUUACUAUGAAGUCACUUGCUCAGAUGGAGGAAACCCUUCACCACCAACAGUCAACCGCUCAGAUACCCUGGAAGCAUCUUGUACUGGUCUUUCUCCUGCUGGAGAUAACUACACCAUGUCUGUGACUACAGUCAGUAACACCAAACGCAGUGCAGUGUCAAACAUCACCAUCACUGCUUUACCCAAUGCGGUGGCCCUGAACGAAGGUCCGUCUAACAAUACCGCCAUCUCUGCUACCUGGACGAUCUCUAAUGACAGUGUGGUGGAUACCUUUAUUAUCACAUGCUCUAAUGGCACCGCAGCUCCUGAAUUUAGUUCUGUGGAUGAGGCUGAUGGAGAGUUCACAGCAUACUGUGUCGAUUUGCCGACCCCAGGACUUGAAUACUCCCUCACGGUUGUUGCCCGUAGCUACGGAAAACAGAGUGCUGAAAGCACUGUGAGAGUUCAUGCCUCGCCAGCUGCAGUUGCCCUCGAAGAAGGAGAUUCAACAACAACAUCAGUGAGCGCUAAUUGGCCACAGCCAGAUAGUGGAGUCGAUAGUUACAGAAUCAAUUGUAGCCGUGGUGAUGCAUCCCCUGCGACCAUUGGAAACACUUCCGUGGAAUCCUACACGGCUUCUUGCAUGAAUCUUACUGUACCAGGCGAUACGUACACGAUGACUGUGUAUAGUAUAGUAGAUGGCGGUAACACUAGCACAUCAGCAUACAUCGAUCUUGUGGCACUACCUGAAUCAGUCAAUUUGAUGGAAAAGAGUGACACGAUCAGUACAGAUUCUAUCACUGCAUCAUGGAGUAAUGUCACUGGUGAAUUUGAUCGCUAUGAAGUCACUUGCCCAGAUGGAGGAGACCCUUCACCACCAGAAGUCAACCCCUCAGAUGUCCUGAAGGCAUCCUGUACUAGGCUUCCGACACCUGGAGGAAACUACACCCUUUCAGUGACUACAGUCAGUAUUGGUGAACGUGGUGAUGCAUUUGGAAAGGCAAAGAACAGUGCUGAAUCGCCCAUCACAAUCAACACUUAUCCAAACACUGUAAACCUGACAGCAACCUCUAUCACAACCAGACAGAUUGCUGUACAGUGGGAAGAUCCAUUUGGAUAUGAAGAUUUUUUCAAAGUAGACUGUGGUGCUGAUGGCACCACUUACUUCCCUCUCUACCAAAGCAAUGCAACAAAUGGCACCUUUGAAGCAACCUGUAAUGUACCAAAAGCUGGGGCAGAAUAUAACAUCAGUGUGACAAGUGUCAGUGGCGAUAAAGAUAACGCUAUUACUGACACCAUCACCGCAGCAACUCCUGAAAUAGUUGCCUUUGUGAACAGUUCAUCCAACACAACAUCCAUUACAGUCACCUGGGGUGUGUUGUCCGGACCUGAUGGCUAUAGAGUGGACUGUUCCAAUGGCACCGCUCCCCCAAGCUCUCUUCCUAGUUCAGCCACUGAGGUGACAUGCACUGGGGUUACACCCGGUGGGAAUCACUCCGUCAGUGUCGUCACCUUGGAAAACAACGGGGAGAGUCCAGCUGCUGUUGAAUAUGUUGUUGCAGUACCUCUUAGUGCCAGUCUCUCUGCCGAUGAUUCAACAAUAAACUCUGUGAGUGCCAUGUGGCCCUAUCCUGGGGGGUUGGUGGAAAUCUUUGAGGUCGAGUGUAGCAAUGGCACCGAGAGUAACACGACACUGACAGCCGGUGAAGGUUUUAGCUACAUUGCAAGUUGUGAGGGCGUCUGGAAUUCUGGAGAUGAUUACACCAUGGUUGUUACGAGUUCCAGCAACGGAGAAAUUAAUCCUGCUACCAUCGUGCUGACAGCUUUACCCCUUAGUGUGGAGCUUGCAGCUGGCAAUUCGACGACCACUUCAGUGACUGCUGGCUGGGAUUUCCCAGGAGGAGUCGUUGACGAGUUCGAAGUCGAUUGCAGUAACGGUACCGCCAAGACUAACAAUGUGUGUGCGGAGUAUGAUUAUGUUGCCUCGUGUGACGGUUUGGACAACCCGGGAGAUAAUUACACCAUGAUGGUCACUAGUCUUAGUAAUACGCAGAAAAAUUCAGCCAUGAUCGAACUGACAGCUUUACCUGAAGCUGUUACACUUAAGGAAGCAAGCGAGCAUGUGACGACGAGCUCUAUAGCUGCAACAUGGGAUAUGCCCAAUGGAAUCGUGGAAGACUAUGAGGUCGGCUGCUCAAAUGGAACUUCUUCAUCGGUUGAGAAUAACCUGCUUGGUGGCUUUAUAGCAUCUUGUGACAAUCUUCCAACUCCAGGAGAUGACUACGAGAUAUCUGUGACAUCGGUCAGCAACGGUCAGCGUAGUGAGACGGUCACGAUCACAAUCACGGCAUUACCAGAGGCUGUAGACCUUGAAGAGGGCGACUCUAACACAACGACCAUCUCCGCUACAUGGACAGUCCCAAACAGCGUGGUGAAUACCUUCAAUAUCACAUGCUCCGAUGGUAAUGCCUCCCCAGCGUCCAUAUCUGUGAACGAGAGUCAAAAAGGGAGGACCUUGACGGCAUACUGCACAGAGUUACCACGAUCUGGAGAGCAGUAUACCCUCUCUGUCGUCGCUAUUAGCAAGGACAAGCAGAGCGCCCCCGGAGUCAUUCAAAUCUACGCAUUGCCAAAGGGAGUUGUCCUAGAGGAAGGACCUUCAACCCUGACGUCAGUCAACGCAUCUUGGACGAAGCAGAAUGGCACGGUAGAGAGUUACAGUAUCAAAUGUUCCAGUGGCACUGCUGACCCACGCACCAUCAAUGAUACACAUGAAGAAUCCUAUUCUGCAGCUUGUGUAGACCUGCCUUAUCCAGGAGCUACGUACAGUUUGCAAGUCUUUAGUGAGGUCGGAAUAUCCAACAAUUCUAGAGCUUCAAGUAUCAUCUCUCUUGUGGCAGUGCCCGAGUCGGUUGAAGACAUCUCCGUGACCAGUUACACCACAACCACUGUCACUGUACAGUGGCGUCUCAAAGAUUGCUCAGGCUGCGUCUACAACUAUUUCCUGUUGACCUUUGAACCUGAUACUCAGGACCCAAUCCGAGUGUAUUAUGUAUCAGAUAAAAAAGAGUACUCUACCGCAGUGUCCGGUUUGGUCCAGGGGAGGAACUUUUCCUUCUCUGUGGUGUCGGUGAGUGGGGUCGACGUGGACAGUGCCACACUGAAGUAUAGCGCAGCAGAGACAGUGGAACAAAGAACAGUUCCUGCCACUCCAACCGAGUUGAGCAUUACCCCCACAAAGCGGACGCUCACCGCCGUGUGGAAAUCCGUCGGAGAUGUUGACAACUUUGACAUCACGGUUACACCAAACCAUGGGAGUGUUGUGUUUAAUGGAAACCUUACUCACCCGUCUGCGGAGAUCUCUGACCUUACCCCGGGGACGAUAUAUAGUGUUAGCGUAGUAGCCCUCAGCGGUGAUGAACGAAGUGAACCGAAAGUGGGAAGCAACCGAACUCUACCCGAUACGCCAAGUCAAGUCCGCAACCCUCAGGCAGAAGUAAUAGAUAAAAACACCAUCACUCUCACGUAUGAGGCUCCAGCAGAACCUAAUGGUGAAAUCACACAUUAUGUUAUAAGCUAUGUUGGAACAAGAGAUGGCCUAUCUGAUCAUGAGCCUCCUUCCUUCAAUGUAACAGGACUGACUGUGACAGUCACUGACCUGCGUGCAGGGUUCACAUACGUAUUCAAAAUCAUCGCAGUGAAUGAUGGGGAUUUUGAAAGUAACGCGACGUCAACUGAGCCAGUUACAACGUUCCAAGAAGAACCUGCCCCAGUGCCUGACGACUAUCCUUAUGAAGAUAAUGAAGUGACCUCUGAUAUUUCAACCACCUCAUUCACCGUGCAACUUCCGGAGGAUCUGUUCAGCCAUGACAAUGGAGAACUUCUGACGUUUGCCGUCAUCAUCACAAGAGUGGCUGGCGAUCCGGCUGUUGCCACGACUAAUCUGACGUUCGAUGAGGCUCGAGCUCAGUCUUGGGCUGCUUACAUCACCUCCAUCAAUAACCCAUAUCCAUAUCCUGCUACAUAUGAAUCUAGACGUAAGAGACAAACAACAAAUGAAGCAGCUACUGUAGUCAUAGGUGAUAAUAGCUGUGUUACUGAAAGCUCCAAGGAGUACUGUAACAAACCUUUGAAUGAUGACACUAUAUAUUAUUAUGCAUUCAGAGCUUAUAAUGAACAAGGAUACCAAACUUCAAGCACGUUCGGACCAGUGAAAACAGAUAAAGACAACACGACUGGCAUUGCAGUUGGCGUAACGGUCUCAGUGGUUACCAUCCUUAUGGUUGUUGUGAUUUCUAUGGUGGUUGUGAGGAAACGACGUGGACAGGAACCAUCGCCACGUCCAAGUUUGGAAGGUAGCGAUAACCCCGGCUUUGUCGGGCCCGAUAUGGAAAUGGGCAAUCGGAAUAAGAUUCGGCGAAAAAUCGGCAGCUCAAUGCACAGAAAGAGUCAUUCUAAGCCCAUUCUCCUAAAUGAUUUUGAGGACCAUUACAAGCGGAUGAAAGCAGAUUCAGAUUUAAGAUUCACAGAGGAGUAUGAUGAAAUUCGUCAAGUUGGUAAAGACCAGGCCAUUAUUGCAGCUACAGAAAUGGUUAAUAGGGCCAAGAAUAGAUUCACCAAUAUUCUUCCAUAUGAACAUUCGCGUGUCAAGCUGGCAGCGCUCGCCGAUGAACCGGACUCUGAUUACAUCAACGCAAAUUACAUGCCCGGAUUCAACUCUCCGCGAGAAUUCAUCGCCUGCCAAGGUCCUCUACCGGGGACGGUCGACGAUGUCUGGAGGAUGAUCUGGGAGAAGAAUACUUCAAUCAUUGUCAUGUUAACUCAACUGGUAGAAAAGGGCAAGAUUAAAUGUCAUCAAUAUUGGCCAGCCGACUACAAUCCUGUUACCUAUGGAUCGAUACAGGUUUCUUUACAAGCUAUACAACAGUAUGAUCAUUGGGUCAUAAGAGAAUUCAGUGUAGCACAGGGGAAUGAAAUUCGAAAGCUUACCCAAUAUCACUUCAUGUCCUGGCCCGACCACGGGGUACCAGACCAGACUAUUACCAUGCUGGACUUCGUCCGGACGGUCCGCGAAGCAAUCCGGAAAGGAGCCAGCGAACAACCUAUCGUGGCGCACUGCAGUGCCGGUGUUGGUAGGACGGGGACGUAUAUUGCCCUUGAUCGUCUGAUGCAGGCCAUGCAAGAGAAUGAUUUUAUUGAUAUCUUUGGUAUCAUAUGUGAGAUGAGGAUGCAGAGGAACCACAUGGUUCAGACUGAGAAACAAUAUAUCUUCAUUCACGAGUGCGUCAUGGAUCUCCUUCGACGAGGAGACGAUGAAAACGAUAACGGGGAAAGCCUCUACGUCAAUCUCCCCGCUAAUGGUUUCGGUCACGAAGACGUCAGUCAGAAUCUACUGGACCAGGCUGUGUAGUGCAUUGUUGGAAAGAUAAGAGUUGCAAUGCAUCAUGGGAAAGGUUAUGAUUUUUGCAGUGCAUCAUGGGAAGGAUUGUGACAGUUACAAUGCGGCAUGGAAAGGAUUGUGACAGUUGGAUUGCAUCUUGGAAGGUUUAUGAUAGUUGCAAUGCAUCAUGGGAAUGAUUAUGAUGGUUGGAUUGCAUCAUGGGAAGGUCUGUAAGAGUCCAAAUGCAUCAUGGGAUGGACUGUUACGAAACAGAGGAGACAGUCUCAUCUGCAACAAAACAGCUUUUGAAAAAGUUUGAACUGCCUUCCGAUAUGCGCUUUGCAUGGAGCUUCCCGCUUUGAAGAAGAAUAUUAAAAAAGUCUGGUGCAUUGAUGUAGUUUGUGAUAUCUGAAUCACAAGAUAACAAAUAAUUAGAGGUUCGAUCGUGCCAAUCAUCACCAAAAAAAUUGCUUCUUUUUCACAUUUUUCAGCAGCUUGCCAAUAAAGGGUGUUUAUGCUUUGUUUCAUUCUGGGAAUUUGUGUGAUAAUGAAGUGAUCCAAGGCUGUAUAGGAAUGUCAAACAAUUACAUGUAGUUGCCUUCUCUAAUGUUUGCCAUUUAAGCUAAAUCACAAUGUUUGUUUUUUUGGCUAAUAGCCAGACUUGUGGAAACAUGUAUUUUUUCAAGCACUUGCUUUGCUAUCAAUAAGUCAUUCUUUUUCCAUUAAAUUCAUACAUGUAGUUAAAUGUUUAUAUAUGAUACUGUAAACAACCAUGCCACAUUUCUUACAAUUUGUUUUUUUUUAAUUGAAUUUAUGGUAUCUUUCAAAAACACAGUAGCUUUCACUUUUUUAAUUUUCUACUGACACUCUUUAUAUUUUGUACAUUUUGUCUCACGCUUCUACUUACAUGUAGUUCUAUAUAUGUGUGUAUGAUUACAACUAUUUUCAUAAAAUAAAUUUUCAUUUGAUAAAAAAGAGCUUACGAGAUUUUUACCAUGCAUUGUAGCAAUUAUUAAGCAAACUUUAGACAAUGAAGACAUAUAAUUACAUUGGUAUUUCCCCCGGGAGUGGAGAAUGUAACACAUAAUGUAGGUUGUGGGUAAACAAAGAUCUGCUCACAAAGAUAGUCAAAUUUCUGUAAUUGACAAACAUGUAGACUGCAUAUUAUUUAGCGAUAUAUGUAUUACUGAUAAUGCGUAUUAAUGUUGAUAUUUGAUUUGUUUUGCUUUGUUAAAAGAACAAACAUCUUGGAGAACAAAAGAUAAUGAAUAUAGGUAUGUUGUUUGCGAUGGUGCAAUAUAUCCCACACUUUUGCCAAAAUUGUUCUGAAGUCUUUCUGCAUCGUGUCGCAUCGACACCAAUGGGAAACAAUGGCUUGAGCUAUGACAUGACCUGUGACCUCGGGUCAGACUUUUGUUCUAUUUUCACUGCAUGUAUGGAGCACAUGUGGAUAUAUGAGGAAUAUCUUGGCAAAACAGGAUGAGGACGGAGGGACUUUAUGGCCCGUAUUCUGAUG